CCAGGUUAUAAGGUCCCUUCGAGGUGGCCCGGACGCAGAUUCUCCCUAGAACCCCAGUACCGGGGUCAUGGCGCCCCGGACCCUCCUCCUGCUGCUCUCGGGGGCCCUGGCCCUGACCCAGACCGGGGCGGGCUCCCACUCCCUGAGAUAUUUUCACACCGCCGUGUCCCGGCCCGGCCGCGGGGAGCCCCGCUUCAUCUCCGUCGGCUACGUGGACGACACGGAGUUCGUGUGGUUCGACAGCGACGCCGCGAACCCGAGGAUGGAGCCGCGGGCGCCGUGGAUCGAGCAGGAGGGGCCGGAGUAUUGGGACCAGGAGACACAGAACGCCAAGGUCACCGCUCAGAACUACCGAGUGAACCUGCGGACCCUGCGCGGCUACUACAACCAGAGCGACGCCGGGUCUCACACCCUCCAGAGGAUGUAUGGCUGUGAAGUGGGUCCCGACGGGCGCCUCCUCCGCGGGUACCUUCAGUUUGCCUACGACGGCGCCGAUUAUCUGGCCCUGAACGAGGACUUGAGCUCCUGGACUGCGGCGGACAGGGCAGCUCAGAUCUCAAAGGGCAAAUUCGAGAAGGGCGGGGAGGCGGAGUAUCGGAGGGCCUACCUGGAGGGCUCAUGCGUGCAGUGGCUGAGCAAAUACCUGGAGAAGGGGAAGGAGACGCUGCAGCGGGUAGACCCCCCAAAGACACUCAUAACCCACCACCGCAUAUCUGACCGUGAGACCACACUGAGGUGUUGGGCCCUGGGCUUCUACCCAGCGGAGAUCACCCUGACCUGGCAGUGGGAUGGGGAGGACCAGACCCAGGACAUGGAGCUUGUAGAGACCCGGCCUGCAGGAGACGGGACGUUCCAGAAGUGGGCAGCCCUGGUGGUGCCCUCUGGAGAGGAACAGAGAUACACAUGCCGUGUGCAGCAUGAGGGGCUGUCUGAGCCUGUGACCCUGCGAUGGGAACUGUCUUCCCAGGCCAGCACUCUGAAAAUAGGGGUCAUUGCUGGCCUCCUUCUCCUUGGAGCUGUGGUCCUUGGAGUUGUGGUGGCUGGAGCUGUUGUGAUGUGGAGGAAGAAGAACUCAGGUGGGAAAGGAGGGAGCUACACUCAAGGUUCAAGCAGCGACAGUGACCAGGGCUCUGAUGUGUCUCUCACAGCUUCUAAAGGUUGUUCUGCCUGCAGACAGAUGACACUCUCCAAGGUUGGUUCAUUGGGUAUCCGGUUCUAGAGAAGCUGACCAGAGUUAGUUUACUUCCACGAAGGAUCCUAAAGGGAACCAGCGCUCUCCACCGACUCUGUGGGUCCCGGAACCCUCCUCCUGCUCCAUUUGGAGGUCCUGGUCCUGCUGUUGUUGAAGUGACGU